CAGUCCAACUUCCACUGGCUCACUGAUUUUUGUCCACCAAGCCGACUAUCUUGGCUUACUAUUGCAGCUUUGAUAAGUUAUCUUAUUGCCUUCGCACCUGGUCUCUCGCCCCUCCCGUGGACAAUAAACUCGGAAAUUUACCCUAAUUGGGCCCGUGGGCAGGGCAACGCAAUGGCUACUGCUGUCAACUGGCUUGCUAAUCUAGUCAUCAGUCUCACUUUUCUUAGUCUUAUGGAAGUAAAGUAG